UCUCUCUCCCCCUUUUGUUCUCUAGUCCUGGCAAUGAAGAGGGUUGAUGGUGAUAGUGCCCUGAAGGGGUCUCCAUCUUCUUCUCUUGACAGUGGAAGUGUUUACUACUCGCAGUCAUCGACUAUGAGAGCUACCAGGCGACGCAUGGAUGACAAUCUGGUGCCUGAAAUAAGCUUGAAAUCGCCUACUGCUGUCGUAAGGCCUUAUGCCAGAUCAAAAAUGCCUCGGCUGAGAUGGACUCCUGAUCUUCACCACUGCUUUGUACAUGCAGUUGAACACCUGGGAGGAGAAGACAGAGCUACACCAAAGAUGGUACUACAGAUAAUGGAUGUGAAGGGCCUGACCAUCUCCCACGUGAAGAGCCAUCUUCAGAUGUACAGGAGCAUGAAGCAUGAGCAGAUGAUACCAGGUAAUACAUGA